AUGACCCUACUCUUUUAUAAUCAUGAGAGUCCGUCUAUUCUAAAGUUAUCCUUGAGGCUUCAAGUUCUUUCACUAUGCUGUGCUGGAUCUAAGGCUAUCAAUGAUCCAAAAGUUGGGAUGUUUUUAAGCUGUUCUUUUUCCUUGGUGUCUAUAGGGCAUGAGAGUCAUGGAGUUCAUCUCUGUCACAAAUGUGGAUGGCCUUUCCCGAAUCCACAUCCAAGUGCCAAGCACAGGCGUGCUCACAAGAAGAUCUAUGGAACCAUUGAAGGUUACAAGCUGUGUUCCUCCGAGGAACAAUCUCGCUCAAACAGCUCAGAUGAUGGACAUGGUUUUGAUGAUGAUAAAAAAUCUCCAGGUCCAGAGGUCUUGAAUAUAGGCAACAAGGAGAAGGAUGAUAGUGGAAUUGGAGAUAAAAUAAAUAGAUCAGAAGAUGAGGUGUUUUCAAAUGCAGUUGCAGAUGUUUCAGAUAGUCAAGGAGUUACGGAAUCUCUGCAGGAAGGUAGUUUGGACUCAAGUACCAGUUUAGAACGGGACGGCAAAGAUGAUCCAAAAUUUUCAGGGUCUUCCAAGGACAGUGAUUUUAAUGAUGCGGUUGAGAGUCAGUUAACUAUUGAGUCAAGGGAUGGCUGUCAAAAUCAGCACACUAAAAUUUUGCAAGAUUUACGAGCCAAAGAAUCAGCUGUUGUCCAUAGUAAAGAUAUCUUUGGCUUGUCAACUGAAUCACAUCCCAGCAAACCUGAAGCCGUGCCGGAUUUGUUGCCUAAAAAUACAGUCAAUGCCGGUGAAAAUGUGACAGAUUGCAAUAUGAGAUCUGUUGUAUUGGAUACUAUUUCGGAAGGAAAGGAUGAGGUUAACCUCACAGUUAGUGAUUCUACUACCUUUGGUUGGUCAUUCGAAUCACGUCCUGAAAAAGCUAAAGCCAUGCUAGAUGUAUUGCUUGAAAAUUAUAUCCAAGCUGGUGAAAAUGUAACAGAUUUCAGUCUGACAUCUGCUGCAUUGGAUACUAAUUCGAAAGGGAAGGACAAGAUUAGGUCUGAUCAGGAUAAAGAUGAAAUUAUAACCCCUUCUGAUGCUGUUGUGGGUGAAACAUGUGAAGGGGAGUCUAAAAUGGCAGUUAAGGAUGCAAUGAAUGUUGGCUUGUCAACUGUAUCAGAUCCCCAUAAAGCUGAAGUGAUGCCCGAUGUAUUGCCUGAAAAUAAGAUAUAUGCUGAUGAAAAUAUGAGAGAUUGCAUUUUUACAUCUGAACUGGGGACUAGUUUGAAGGGAAAGGAUGAGAUCAAAACAGAUGUUGAAGAAGUUGAAAUUAUAGUCCCUUUGGAUACUGGUGUUGGUGAAAAUGAAGUUGACAGGCCUUUCAGUUGA